CGGCCAGCCCCGCCUGUCCCCGCCGCCGCUUCCGCCGCCGCCGCCGCUUUCCCGGCCGCCUCUCCCGGCUCCGCUCCGGUCCCACUUCGGUCUCGCCUCGGUGUCGCUUCGCCGCCACCGCCAUCAUGAACAAGAAGAAGAAGCCGUUCCUGGGCAUGCCCGCGCCCCUGGGCUACGUGCCGGGGCUGGGCCGCGGGGCCACGGGCUUCACCACGCGCUCGGACAUCGGGCCUGCCCGCGACGCCAACGACCCCGUGGAUGACCGGCACGCCCCGCCCGGCAAGAGGACCGUGGGCGACCAGAUGAAGAAGAACCAGACUGCAGAUGAUGACGAUGAGGACUUGAAUGACACCAACUACGACGAGUUCAAUGGCUACGCUGGGAGCCUGUUCUCAAGUGGGCCCUAUGAAAAAGAUGAUGAAGAAGCAGAUGCUAUUUAUGCAGCUUUGGACAAGAGGAUGGAUGAACGCAGGAAGGAAAGGAGGGAACAACGAGAAAAGGAGGAAAUAGAGAAAUACCGUAUGGAACGACCCAAAAUUCAACAGCAGUUCUCAGACUUGAAACGGAAAUUAGCAGAGGUUACUGAGGAGGAGUGGCUGAGUAUUCCUGAGGUCGGGGAUGCCAGGAACAAGCGGCAGAGGAAUCCUCGCUAUGAGAAGCUGACUCCUGUCCCUGACAGCUUCUUUGCAAAGCAUUUGCAGUCAGGGGAGAAUCACACUUCAGUGGACCCACGCCAGACUCAAUUUGGUGGACUGAAUACUCCGUAUCCAGGGGGUUUGAAUACUCCAUACCCAGGAGGGAUGACACCAGGCUUGAUGACACCUGGGACAGGUGAAUUGGACAUGAGGAAGAUUGGCCAAGCCAGAAACACCUUGAUGGAUAUGAGGCUAAGCCAGGUGUCAGACUCUGUGAGUGGCCAGACUGUAGUGGACCCAAAAGGAUACUUGACAGACUUGAAUUCCAUGAUUCCCACACACGGAGGAGAUAUCAAUGAUAUCAAAAAAGCCCGUUUGCUUCUGAAAUCCGUCCGAGAGACCAAUCCUCAUCAUCCACCAGCCUGGAUAGCAUCAGCCCGACUGGAGGAGGUCACUGGCAAGCUCCAGGUGGCUCGAAACCUCAUCAUGAAAGGAACAGAGAUGUGCCCUAAGAGUGAAGAUGUUUGGUUGGAAGCUGCUCGGCUUCAGCCUGGAGAUACAGCCAAGGCUGUGGUGGCCCAGGCUGUGCGGCACCUGCCGCAGUCGGUGCGGAUCUACAUCAGAGCAGCAGAGCUGGAGACAGACAUCCGUGCCAAGAAACGUGUCCUUAGGAAAGCCCUUGAGCAUGUUCCAAACUCGGUGCGUUUGUGGAAAGCAGCCGUGGAGCUGGAGGAACCUGAGGAUGCCAGGAUCAUGCUGAGCCGGGCUGUGGAGUGCUGUCCAACCAGUGUUGAACUGUGGCUGGCUCUGGCAAGGCUGGAGACAUAUGAGAACGCUCGUAAAGUCCUUAACAAAGCCCGGGAGAAUAUCCCGACCGAUCGUCACAUCUGGAUCACUGCUGCCAAACUGGAGGAAGCCAAUGGAAACACCCAGAUGGUGGAGAAAAUCAUUGACAGAGCCAUCACAUCUCUCAGGGCUAACGGGGUGGAAAUCAACAGGGAGCAGUGGAUACAGGAUGCCGAGGAAUGUGACAAAGCUGGAAGUGUGGCCACAUGCCAGGCAAUCAUGAGAGCUGUGAUCGGGAUCGGGAUCGAGGAGGAAGAUCGGAAACACACCUGGAUGGAAGAUGCAGACAGUUGUGUUGCUCAUAAUGCCCUGGAGUGUGCCCGAGCCAUUUAUGCCUAUGCCUUGCAAGUCUUCCCCAGCAAGAAGAGUGUGUGGCUGCGAGCAGCCUACUUUGAAAAGAACCAUGGAACCAGAGAAUCCUUGGAGGCUCUUUUGCAGAGAGCUGUUGCUCACUGUCCCAAAGCAGAGGUGCUGUGGCUCAUGGGAGCCAAAUCCAAGUGGCUGGCAGGAGAUGUGCCAGCAGCCAGAAGCAUCUUGGCCUUGGCUUUCCAGGCCAACCCCAACAGCGAGGAGAUCUGGCUGGCUGCCGUGAAGCUCGAGUCGGAGAACAAUGAGUAUGAAAGAGCGAGGAGGCUGCUGGCAAAGGCUCGCAGCAGUGCCCCCACAGCAAGGGUCUUCAUGAAGUCUGUGAAGUUGGAAUGGGUGCUUGGGAACAUUGCUGCAGCCCAGGAGCUCUGUGAGGAAGCCCUGAAGCACUAUGAGGACUUCCCCAAACUGUGGAUGAUGAAAGGACAAAUUGAGGAACAAAAAGAGCUGGUAGAGAAAGCACGGGAGGCUUAUAAUCAAGGGUUGAAGAAGUGCCCCCAUUCCAUACCCCUGUGGCUUUUGCUGUCCAGGCUGGAGGAGAAAGUUGGGCAGCUGACUAGAGCAAGAGCCAUCUUGGAAAAGUCUCGCCUGAAGAAUCCAAAGAAUCCAGAUCUCUGGUUGGAGUCUGUGCGCUUGGAGUACCGAGCUGGGCUGAAGAACAUUGCAAACACACUGAUGGCCAAGGCACUGCAAGAGUGCCCCAAUUCAGGAAUCCUGUGGUCAGAAGCAAUUUUCCUUGAAGCGCGACCGCAACGAAAGACCAAGAGUGUGGAUGCUCUCAAGAAGUGUGAACAUGACCCACACGUCCUGCUGGCUGUGGCCAAGCUGUUCUGGAGCGAGCGGAAAAUAACCAAGGCCAGGGAGUGGUUCCACCGCACGGUGAAGAUCGACUCUGACCUGGGGGAUGCCUGGGCCUUCUUUUACAAAUUUGAGCUCCAGCACGGCACAGAGGAACAACAAGAAGAGGUGAGGAAGCGCUGUGAGAAUGCUGAACCUCGCCACGGAGAGCUCUGGUGUGAUGUCUCCAAGGACAUAGAGAACUGGCAGAAGAAGAUUGGAGAGAUUCUUGUGCUUGUGGCAGCCAAGCUGAAGAAUACCUUCUAGAGUGUGCUGGCCUCAGCUGCCUCAGAGGUCCCUGUAGGACUUAACCUGCUCGUGGUGCCCUUUCAGUGGCACAGAUUUCAAAGGACAGGACAUGGAUGAUGACAGGAAGGAACUUUCUCCCAAAAGGAAAAGCUGCUUCCUUCUUUCCCCAGCAUGGCCAUCAGCUUCUGCAGCACAUGGGGACAUUGUAGCUGGUGUCACAUAGGAGGCAGGAGCAGUCUUGUGAGGCUCUGUUGGCAUUUCCAUGUUGAUUCCUGAUUCCCCCUGCAAACACUAGCUUUAAUUAGCGCUUGUAUGGGUUCUGACAUGUGGCAGUCCCUCUGUUCUUGGCCCUGGCAUGUGUUCCCUGUCCCCCUU